GUUAACAUUAGCGGUUCUAUACAGGCGAAAAUAGCAGCAUGUCUUUUUCUAUCCUGAAAGGACAAAUCGGCGAGGAAAACCGUCGGUUUAAUCCUGCGUGGACUGACAAGUAUUUAUGUAUUUACCACCAAGACCGAACGCCAAACCAAUACGUUUACUCUGCAACGAGUGCUUUGCAGCGCUGAAAGAUUAUAAUGUCCGAAGACGCCACGUUGAAAAAACAUGCCGCGUUUCGGACAAACUUUCCCGGGGGAUGUCAUGAGAGAGCGGCUAUAAUUCAGAGUUUGACUGCAUCUUACAACCGGAGCUGUACUACAAUGAAGCGGACCUGCACAGCUCAGGAAAGGGCCACGAAAAAGAGGCCGUUCACAGACUCAGAAACUGUGAAGGACUGCAUGUUGGCUGUCGUGGAUGAAGUUUUAACGGACGAUAAAGUUAAGACAAGUGUGGCAUCUGCUAUCAAACAGGUCUGACACGUCAAACAUUCUCGCCACAGAUGUCUUCGAGACAUGGACCUGGGCAUGGAGUCCACAUCUCUGGACGACGUGCUGUACCGCUACGCCAGCUUCAGGAACCUCGUUGAUCCCAUCACACAUGACCUGAUUAUCAGCCUGGCACGAUACGUCCACUGCCCCAAGACGGAGGGAGACUCUCUCGGGGCGAUGGAAAAGGUUUGUCGUCAGCUGACCUACCAUCUCAGCCCCCACUCUCAGUGGAGGAGACAGGGCCUGCUCAAGAGGAAACCUCAGGCCUGUCUGAAGGCAGUGCUGUCGGCCCCUCCGUCCAGCGGGGCCUUGGAUCUUUCCGGCAUCCCUCUGACGGCUCGGGACAUGGAGCGUCUGUGUGCACACCUGCAGCGCCACGCGUCCACUGUGGUCAGCUUGGAGCUGGGCUUCACCGAGCUGACAGACGAGGCUUUCCUCCUGCUCCUGCCCACGCUGGCUGCGCUCCCACAUCUGGAGACUCUGGCACUGAACGGAAACAGGCUGACCAGAGCUGUUCUUAAGGAGCUCACUGAUGCCCUGAAGGAUCCUGGAAGCUUUCCCAGCGUGACGUGGAUCGACCUGGGCAACAAUGUGGACAUCUUCUCCCUGCCGCAGCCCUUCCUGGUCAGCCUGAGGAAACGCUGCCCCAAGCAGGGCAACCUGCCCACCAUACUGGAGUUUGGAGAGAGCCAGGCCAGCGACCCUCCCGAACGGCUGAGGGGACUCGGAGAAGAGGAGGAGACGGACGACACCAACCGGACUGAGAGCAUGGGCGAGCUCCGGUCAGAGGUGGAGGAGGAGCUGGACGGUGAGAUGGAGAUAGAGGAGAUGAUGGAAGAGCUGCUGGACUUUGACAGGGAGGUGCAGGGGAGGGAGGACGAGGAGGAGAGCAUGUGGACGGUGGGGGAGCAGAGGAAGGGAGGGGGGAGGAGGAGGGGGAGGCGAGUGGAGGAGGAAGAGGAGGAGGAGGAGGAGGAGGAGAAGGAGGUGGUGAGGAGAGUGCAGCGGCUGGGAAGGAGGGCGGUGAUGGCGGAGGACGAUGACGACACGCAGAGCCGCUCCUCCCACCUGUCCUGCUCCAGCCAAUCGCAGCACUCCUCUGGAGCCGUGGAGCCAAUGAGAGUGGAGGAGGACGACUUGACCGACCAGUCAGACCACUUGACCUGAUUGCUGCGCCCCACUCUGCUUGUAUUUCCUUUCCUGUGUCCUGUGUGGAAGAAGGCAAGAAAAGACUGAGUGUGCCUUAAGAGGCUGCAGUGCUGCAUGUAAUCCAUAAGAACGGGCCACUCGAUACUCUGAUUUGUGAGCAGCCGCCACGGCCUUCAGACACUGACAGAGUGACCGCUGAACCCGGCUGACUGUCACCUGAGAAGCCAAUCCCCAACAGGACGUGUGUUUGACCAUAACUGUCUGUUGUUUCAAGUACAAAUAGACUGAGGAUGCGUAGAAUAGACCGACUAAUUAUAUUACGUGAGGCUUUUAUGUACAGAACGUUGAUCUUCAUUCAGGUCCUUCCUCCUUGUAAUCCUGGUAAAACCUACAUGUGCCUGUAACACGUCCCGUUACUGGUUAACAGUGUGUGCUGCUGAGAGAUGAAAUGAUGCAUCUAAACUAAUCAGGGCCCUUCAACCUUCUGAAAAAUGUUUUUGCCAAAAACUAGAGGUGGAACUGUAUAAAAUGUCUCCUCCCACAUUAGCUUGCCAGAUGGAUCAGAAGGGCAGGAAUCACAAGUCAAGCCAUUUGUGGAAAUCGGUUGAGAAAUGAACAGAUGCACCGUGUUGGAAGAGGUGGAGGUGGAGGAGACAUGACACAGCAAAGGCCUGGUGACUGUCAGAAGAGCAGGGUGGCAUUUAUGUACAGUGGCUAGAUGUGAUCAUCUCGUUGUCAUGUGUCCCAAAGCAAAGUGCUGAAAUAUUUAGUAGCCUUUUUUUCUUAUAAUCCAGGUCAUGUUUCACUCCGCGGUACUGUGCACUAGUACGCAUCACAUGCUUACAGUGCUGUGUUUAGAUAUAGGCCGCUGCUAUGAUCGCAUUCACAUAAGCUGUCCGCCGGGUUACAGCAAAUUAUAUCCUUAUGCAGUAUGUAGCUCUCACCCGGCUUGUGCUUUCCCUCCAUGUAUCACUUAGCGUCCGUGCAAAGCUUUAACAAAUAAACUGUAUUUUUGGAUGUACAGUAUAUAUAAA